UCCUGCUGGGCAGGAUUCCGGACAACGCCUGGUUCCUCUCGGGUCCUUCCGGCGUCGCCGGAGUGAAUUGAUCCGGGAGUUGAAGAGGGCUCCAAAGGUGGGAAGUGAAGUCCGUGCCUCAGUUACCGAUUGCUGUUCUUUUUUGUGUACCACUCUUUAUCGUAUACACAUACAAAAGGGAAGGAAUUGGGCAGUGAAUGAAGAUCCCUCUGCAUUCUGGCACUGCUUUCCUACUCUAGCUGGCUUGUGAAUGAGGAUGACAAUGGAAGAGAUGAAGAAUGAAGCUGAGGCCACGUCCAUGGUUUCCAUGCCUCUCUACGCAGUCAUGUACCCUGUGUUUAAUGAGCUAGAACGAGUAAAUUUGUCUGCAGCUCAGACUCUGAGAGCCGCUUUCAUUAAGGCUGAAAAGGAAAAUCCAGGCCUCACACAAGACAUCAUUAUGAAAAUCUUAGAGAAAAAAAGUGUAGAAGUUAACUUCACUGAGUCCCUUCUUCGUAUGGCAGCUGAUGACGUAGAAGAGUACAUGAUUGAACGACCAGAGCCAGAAUUCCAGGACCUAAAUGAAAAGGCACGGGCACUUAAACAGAUUCUCAGUAAGAUUCCAGACGAGAUCAAUGACAGAGUGAGGUUUCUGCAGACAAUCAAGGAUAUAGCUAGUGCAAUAAAAGAACUACUUGAUACAGUGAAUAAUGUCUUCAAAAAAUAUCAGUACCAGAACCGCAGGGCACUUGAACACCAAAAGAAAGAAUUUGUAAAAUACUCCAAAAGUUUCAGUGACACUCUGAAGACAUAUUUUAAAGAUGGCAAGGCAAUAAAUGUGUUCAUAAGUGCCAACCGGCUAAUUCAUCAAACCAACUUGAUACUUCAGACCUUCAAAACUGUGGCCUGAAAGCUGUAUAUGUUCAGAGGUGUACUUCAGUGGCAGUAUUGAACUGCACUUACCUGUAAAUUUAAAGUUUGACUGUAUAAAUUACCAGCCCUCCUGAGGGGUCUAAUCCAGGAUGUUGAAUGGGAUUAUCGCCAUCUUACACCGUAUUUUUGUAAAAUGUAGCUUAAUCAUAACCUCACACUGAAGAUUUUGCAUCACUUUUGCUAUUAUCAUUCUUUUAAGAAUUAUAAGCCAAAAGAAUUUACGCCUUAAUGUGUCAUUAUAUAACAUUCCUUACAAGAAAUGUAAAUAUUGGUGUUUGUUUCUGACAUUUUAACUUGAAAGCGAUAUGCUGCAAGAUAAUGUAUUUAACAAUAUUUGGUGGCAAAUAUUCAAUAAAUAGUUUACAUCUGUUAAACAUU